AGCCUCCCCUAUUCCUCCUCUUGCUGUCCUGGCCCCCAGCCUGGGGGCAGGCAGCCCCCACCCAUGGUGCCCUGGGCCACCCUGGCCCUGGUGGGCAUGAACCUCGCCCUCUUCUGGCACCCUCUCCAUGCCCCCGGGGCUGCCUGCCUGAGCGUGAGGACGGUGUGGGACCGGGGCCAGUGGCAGAGGCUCUUCCUGGCCCCCUUCCACCACCUGGGACCCGCCCACCUCCUCAUGAACAUGGCCACGCUCCUGUGGCUGGGCCACGGGGUGGAGCAGGAGGUGGGGAGCCUGCGGACGGGGGUCCUGCUCCUGGCCUUGGCCCUUCUCGGGGGGCUUUUCCACCUGGCGCUCAACACCCUCCUGGCUGCACUGACGGGGAACCUGUGGUACAGGGAGCACUGCGCCGUCGGCUUCUCAGCUGCAGGUGUCCUCUUCUCCCUGGAAGCCAUGGGCAGGCAAGUGGAAUCCGUCCCUGUGGCAACGAUGUCCAGCGGGUUCACGGUCACGACCAGGUGGCUCUGCAUCUUAGAAUGCCUCCUCCUGGCCAUCCUUUAUCCCAGGAGUUCUCUCACCGGCCACGUCUCUGGGAUACUGGCUGGGUUGGCCCUCUCCGCCGUCCCUCUGAACUAGGGCAGCGACUGAAGAUGUGAGCCUCUGGAGGAAGACCACCAACCACCACCUGUAGGAGCCAUCAGCCCCGGCCCCC